AUGUCGGUCAACGUACGCCCGAAGUCCGUGUCCGACAAAGUCCGUGCGGCUCGCCUCGAACUUGUCGAUCUCCUCGAGAAACAAUUGGCAAAUGCCAAGCAAUGGCAUGACUUUGAGAACCCCCAGGACUACCGAAAAGCACGAGCAGAAGGCACUCACGGGUUCACUCGUCUACAACUGAAUAACCAAGCGCGUUUGGUUUACGCUACCGGACGUGACGGACAGAGGAUUGAACUCCGGGUGAUUGAACCGCCUGGACCGUCUAAAGGUGUUUUCCUCCACUUCCAUGCAGGUGGCUUCGUCAUUGGGAGCAAUGCGUCUUACGAUGGGUACUUGACGCGACUCUCCGAAGCAUCCGGCCUGACCGUGGCGUCUGUGGAGUACCGACUCGCGCCGGAGCAGCCAUUCCCAGCAGGCCGUGAUGACUGCGUAGACGCGGCCCUCUUUGCUCUUUCUGCCCAAGGCGUCAGUGAUCUUGGAGCUCCCUUGCGAGUGCUCGGUGGAGAGUCGGCUGGUGCUUGGUUUGCUGUGGCAGUUGUCCUAGAAUUGCGGGACAAGCAUGGCAUCGAUGUCAAGUCACAAAUAGCUGCAAUCUGUGCAGGCUAUGGCAUAUACGACUUGACCUACACGCCUUCCUUGCUUUCGCACAAGAGGAACAUAGUCAUCAGCCGCGAGAGCAUGAUGAAGUUUUCUGAGGCGGCUUUCGGUCAUAUGCCGUUCAGCGAGAGGAAAAGACCUGACGUAUCCCCGUUGUAUGCUGACUUGGGCAACCUGCCCCCGGCGCAUUUUCUCGUGGGGAAUAUCGAACCACUACUCGAUGAUAGCAUUUUCAUGGCUGCCAGGUGGAUCAACGCUGGGAGUGAAGCUGAGCUGCAUGUUGUUGAGGGUGCUUGCCAUGCCUUUACGCUGUUUCCACUAGGUGAGGUCACCGAGGCGGGUGCUCAGGCAGUUGUGGAGUUUUUACGAGUGCAGUUACAAAGGUUUACGUCGAUAUCCGUGGCCCAGAGUACUCAGUCACAACCUUUCAUCUCGAAGCAUUCUGUGUAA